AUGGAAAAAGGGACACAAAAAAUACGGGUUUUAGAGCUAUAUUCUGGGAUUGGGGGUAUGCAUUAUGCAUUAAAGGCAUCAAACGUACCGUUCGAAAUAGUUUGUGCGAUUGAUAUUAAUCCCCUCGCGAAUAGGGUGUACUAUCAUAAUUUAGAACAUCGAGCUAAGCAUAUAGACAUUACUAAACUUAAUGCGGCUGAAUUAGAUGAGUACCAGUGUGAUUUAUGGACAAUGAGUCCAAGUUGUCAGCCAUAUACACGCAUAGGGAAACAGCAAGAUGUGCAAGAUCCAAGAUCUCAUGCAUUUCUUCAUUUGCUAGAGGAACUUCCAAAAAUGAUGAGUCCACCGGAGUACAUCUUAAUUGAAAAUGUUCAAGGGUUUGAAAGCAGUAUAACUGCUCAUAGUUGUCGAGAGGUUUUAAAAAAGAUGGGAUAUUAUAUAAUAGAAGGAAAUUUAACGCCCAAGGAAUUUGACAUUCCCAAUUCACGUUGUCGAUGGUAUGGCCUAGCCAGAAAAGAUGCAUCAGUAAACUGGAGCUUUGAUGAUAUCAGGACGGCUCCAUUUGAAGACAGUUACAAAAACCAAGAAUUGAGGUUAAUUGAUUUCUUGGAAGAGGGAGUUAACCUUGAAUCAUAUUUUCUUCCAGAAAAACUUAUGUUUCGUUAUGGGCAUCAACUGGAUAUAGUAAAACCAACAAGCACUAACUGUUGUUGUUUUACCAGAGGGUAUGCACAAUUAAUACAAGGAUCAGGGUCAGUUUUACAGACCUCGGACCAUGAAAACAUAGCAGAGCAAUUCGAAAAAGAUAGGAUGUCUCUAAGACUUCGAUACUUCACUGCAAGGGAAAUUGCAAGGAUUAUGGGUUUCCCAGAUUCAUUUCAAUGGAAGGAAUUGGGAAUAUCUGAAAAAACCAUGUAUCGUUUACUAGGAAAUAGCAUUAACGUGAACGUGGUUUCACGACUUCUCACAUACCUACUGAACAAUCUUACUAGCAGACAAAAAAAGACAUAA